AACUGUGGUAAAUGAAAAACUCUAAACAUGCAGGUAUGAGUAGAUUCACCUGAUGUAAGCCUGGCUAUUUUUAGGGAAGAUUCAUGCUAAGAUCGGCUUGAUAUUGACACAUACAUGUAAAGCUAUGAUACAGCUCACCGCAUGAUUUACUAACUGUACUCUAGUGGUUCAGCCAAUGUAACCCAGUGAACUUGCUGUAAUUUCUCUUAAAAGGACGAAAAGUUGUUAGAGGUUUCAUUGGAAGCCGUCACAAGUCGUGUUCAGGAGCUAAAGGAAUCUAUCCAGGCAUUUCUGGUCAAGCUUGAACAUGAGCAGAUGAACUGGUAAUUUUUAAACACAUCAUCUACAAGCCCAUUGCCAUUUAUUCAGGGAUCAACAAAACCUGGAUCGGAUCAACCCGUAUGUUUCACUAAAUGGCAAAAGGUUAAGGAUUGGUUACAGUGGUUAAUCAGAUCCAGUUUGUUAAAGGUUUUGUCGAUGGCCAUCUUAUUUUGAAGCUUAUUGAUAUUUUGUGGGUGUAUCACUAAUGUCUAAAUUUGUUUUAUCAUUAACUACCCUGUCAUUUCGUUUGCAUCACUGAAGAAUAUGCCUGCCCACUGUCACGCAUUAUAUGUGAGUCUCACACGUGCGGAUUUAAGAAAUUGAUCUCCCACAUCAAAGAAAAUUUAUCACCCCUGACACUCUUUAACUUGGUGCCUGCCUUUCUUUACAGUUAACACCCGCUAGGACGGAUACCUUUGGGACUGACAGUAAGUGCCCAUCUUAGACAGUUGUCCGUCUUAUAGAGAGUCAAAUAAAGGGAGUAAAGAAAGGCAGGGACCAACUCUAGGGGUCCGUUUUAGGGAAGUGUCCAUCUUAUAGAGGUGUCCAUUAAGAGAGAGUCGACUGUACUCCUUUUAAUUAAACAGUUGUCUCUCAAUAAGACAAACAUCUGAGAGACAGAUCCAGAGGGGGUAGAUUGGGUGGCUAGCCACGCCCCUUUAGAACAACCCACCAAAAAAAUAUAGUACAUGGAAAAACAAACAGAAAUACGUGGGUCCCAAAAAAAUAUAGAAAUAUGUGGGUUGCAAAAGCCUUUUGAAGCCAACCAGCCCUUGUCCUUCCUAAAUUGCCAUGUUUUGGGACAAACAUGGGACAACAUAAAAUAAAUUAAUGCAUAGUUUGGUGGCCGAUUGGUAUCAUCCACCCCUCAUAAAAAAAUCCUGAAUCCACCCCUGCAUCUCAGCUCUAAGACAGACUCAUAGUGUGGUCGCAAAUGUGUCAAUCUUAAAUAGAGUUUACUGUACUUUGCUUUUUUCUCCUUCAUUUCAGGCCGUCCAUCUUGGAUAACUAUGCCCUUCUUUCAGGUUCGAGUAGCUUAACAAUCUGGUACCAUAAAACCUUGCCUUUUGGAAUUGACUUUAUAUAGGAAAAAGUUCUUAUUGUUCUCAUCGUUAGUGAACGUUAACUUUUAACAGGUCAAGUGAACACAUUGACCAAACUACUCAAGAAUGAAAAAACACCUUCCCUCAGAAACCUGGUCUUGCUACCUCUUCUGGUACAACAAGAAGUUGAUCCUGACAUUCAGGUGCAGAUCAUUAUUGUUACAGUACUGCUCAAAGAUAAGCAUCCACGUCAACGUGCUUCAAACUCGCUAGCAAGAAAUUUAUAAAUGCGAGUCCGUUUACCUAACACACUUCAAAAACGGGCUUGCAUUAGAACUGAUAAGUAUGUAUGAGCUAGCGCAUUGUUCCUGGUUUAUUGUUGUCGUAACAGCCACAACAAAAGGCUUAACAACGUCUACAAGACUCGGUGAAGACAAUAACAGUAGACAAGUAUUAUAGAUGUUCUUUCCUUUUUGCAGUGAAGUGAAAUUAACAACCACAUAACAUCAAAAUUAAAAUGACCAAAGAAACAUUUCCAGGAACCUACAAAUACUUUCCUUUAUUCACACAGAAUAUUACAUUAAUAUUCCACAUUCCACAACCGACUGUAAUAAUAAUUAGCAUCAUUAUUUUAUUGAUUACGGUAAGUUAAGUACAGAUAGCAGCUCUUUGUUAAAAUAAGGAAUGCUGGCAAUGCCGGAUUCAGACCUUGAGAUAAGGGGGGGGCAGUCAUCCAGAACCUUUGAUAAGGGGGGGGGGGGUCUCCAAAAAAAAUUUUUUUGGCCCUUUGGGCCUCAGUUUGGUCUAAAAAUAGGAGGGGAUCCAGGCCCCCUGGGCCCCUCCCCUGGAUCUGCCACUCGCUGGUCCAGUUGUGUACAGUGCACCACAUUAAAUAGGACAAUGGAAUCAACAACAGGAAGGAUUCAGCCAUUAUGGCAUUCUGAGCAAAUUUUUCCAUCACUGUAUAUGGCAGCUGUGAUUAAUUAGAUUACUGAAGAUAGACUUUUUUUUUUCAGAAAUCAACAGACGGAAGGGUUCAAGCCUUCAACCAUGAAGUUGGUUAGCACAAUUAAUUAAAUUGUAGUUAUUGAUCAUCAAUGCUAGAAAUUUGAGUUUCAUUAUUUUAAAUCCAUCUUUUAUUCAUGUCAUCAGUACUGUAUAAAUGGUGACCUUUUGCUUCAAGAUCCUGUAUCUUUUUUUUUUAUCUGCUAGUCCCAGACUACUUGCGGACAAAGUACGAUCCUGAAAUAGAAGAUGCAGAGCAAAGACUGGAAACUAUGGCAACCAGCAUCCCUACUGAUCAUGCGCAGGUAAAGCAGACCAAGUACAAAAAAGUAACAGUAUCAUUUGCGGAACUGUACAGAACCCUAGUAACUCGAACUCUGAAGAGAAACAAAAAACAAUUUGAGUUAUUGGCGGUUCAAGUUAUCUGGGUGGUUUAAAUAUUAAACUUGUAUUAAAAAAAUGAAAUGACAAUAGAGCUCUGUGUCUAUCUUGAUGUGUUACGCAUUUUUCAGUAUCGCCUAACAUAAGGUCCUCUCAAUUUUAAGUUAGUCACGUAACUGCAAGCAUUACAAAGUCACGUAAUAUGAAUUGCUUCAUCUCCAAUAAAACUGAUUUAUAACUUGCAGUUAAUACUGACUAGGAAUGUGAAAGAAUCUCUUCAUGCAGUUAAAGCAACAUAAUACAAAACAGGGAGCUUUAGCAAUGACGAUGGCGAAGGCAGCGAAAACGUCGCUAUUAAAAAUAAUCUUUGUGUUUUUUCAAAAUCUGUUGCGAUCAUUUCAAUUCGCUUAAGACAUCAAAUGUAGGUAAAAUGAAUUGUAGGGGACCGAACCAAAGUUCGUCGUGUUGUGUGUACUUUCUUCCUAAAACCCACCGUGAGGGAGUGAUUCACGUCACACUCGUGCAGUGACGGCAAAGAGAAGUACAAAACUUUCUUGACUUCCCCGUUGCUGUCGCCGUCGUUGUUGUCAAAGCUCCCUAACCCCCCCCCCAAAAAAAAAUGUUGUCAUUGUUGAUCUCAUUUAUUUGUUGUUGAAUUGCAGAAGCAGAUUGCUACCUUAAAUGAACUUGCCACCAAUCUCAUUGACCACAUCACAUCAGCCCGAGAGGACUGGGAAGGCGAACAGAGUGCAGGUAUUUCUCGCACGUGUUUUGCUGUGGACAUAUUCACUGUGUGACUACCUGGAUCUUAAGAUCCGGUUUAGUAUGAAUACCAACGACAUAGAACCGGAACAAGUCGUUCACACACAUUGGACAUCGCGCCGUAGCAGUUGACCGAGAGGGUUUGACUUAAUCCCAGUCCUCACCCCUGAAUAUUCACUUCCGUCUCAGUGGAUUCCAGUCCUCCCUCCUAUUUAUUCACUUCCGCUACAGUCCGACUGCACCAAAGUGUGAAACAGAAUCUAUCCGACACGUGACGCUCCAUUUUUGGGUUCGGGGAGGCGCAGCCUCACUCCGUCACAGAAAUGGCGCCAAAAUCAUCGUUCUUAUGUGUUAACAGAAGUCCUACCCAGUAUGAUUUUCGCGCGGGCGCAAAAGCAAUCCCGUAUUGUGUGAACAUAGCUUACGGUCCAGCUGGGGCCCGUUUCUCGAAAGUCCCGGUAACUUUACGGGCCCGAAAUCAAAUAUUCAAAUCGAAAUAUAAGGAAUAAGAGCGCUGCUCCUGGCUAGCAAACAACUCCAUUUUGUUUCAUUAACUGACAGUUUUAUCAUGUUAGAUGCAAAACUAUUGAAACCUCGAUCUUUGAUGUAAACGGAGACAGCUUACCGGGCCCGUUAAUUAUCGGGACUUUCGAGAAACGGGCUCCAGUAACUGACUAAUUAUUCCAUUUGAUGGCCUAAGAAGGUCCUUUUGCUUUGUUUUGUUUUGUGUUUUUUUUUACAGCCUCAAGAAGUUCUUCCACCGUUAAUCCCGAUCUCAAUACUCUAGUGGCUGCUGCGACAUUUGGCAAAGGUAAAUGCAAGAUUAACGUCGAGGUCGUUUUAAAAAUUCUGGAAUCCUUGCUGGUAAUUACAGGGAAGGAAUUACCGGGAAAUUUUUUGAAAGGACUAAUGUCGUGGCUCAAUCUCAGUUUAAAGUAUGAUCAUCUAAAAUACGUUUGGCAUGCUGGCUUACCGAGCGCGGAGAAAUUGUUUGAAGUUUCUGCACCCCGGCGGUGGCGGGUCCAGAAGAGGGGCCCGGGGAGCCCGCCCCUAUCUCAUGGUGUGGAUCCGGCACUGCCCGGGUGGUUUGUGUAAAUGGUAAGCACCCUUUUAAUUUCUGACCAAUCACCAAGCGCGAAAAAUCAGAGGUGCAAAAUCAACUGAAUCAAGAGUGUUAUUUUAUUCUCGGUGUGAAUUUUAUUUUCCCUUGGGUCAAAUUCAUUAUCACAAAUUGUCAAACCCAAACAUAAAAGAAAAGAAAAUUUAAACCAACGGUAAAGUUGAACCAACAACUGCGCCUCGUAACAGGUUUCAGUAUCCCGAACGAGAGCUAAACUCACAGAACUCGCCAGCGUCGCGUCAGUCAACGCAGAAAGCUGGGGGCAGUAACGCGUGUUUGGUACUUUCUCAGGAUAUUAAAAAGCGUUAUAUUUAUUUGUCAACCGUCUUUUAUUUUUUAUAGGACUUAAACCGGCUAAAGUCACAAAGGGAAGAGGAUCUAAAUCAGAUAAAGGUAGAAAGAAAACUACGACCCGUUUUGUUUUUUUGUACGGCUGUUUGUAUUCUUUGGUAUCCGGUCACCUCGCCACCAAACCAUCUUGCUACCAGCGAAAUUGCCACUAAGAAAUGUAAAAGGAUAAGUCUCUAAAAGAAAAAUCCAUUCACUUUAAAUUCAAAAUAAAAUUUAAGGAGGCCAGGGUCAAGUUAGACUUUCAAAAAAGUCUGAAAAAAGAUCGCUCCGCUCGCAAAACUACAAUCGUAAAACUUGUCUUUGGGCUUGAGAAAGAAGUAACUAUCCUAGGUGAGUAAACAGUGUCAAUUAUUGCGGAGUUUUAUAGGGUGGCGAGUAGACUUCGUGGUGGUGAUUUCGUUUAUAACAAUGAUAAUAAUUUAUUUCUUAUUAGGCGCAAAUUAACAUCUGAAUAUGAUCAAAUGCGCCUUACAACUAUAACUGCCUGUAAUAAUUACAAUAAAGUAAACUUGAGAAUACCUAAAACUUUGUAAUCUAAAAUUUAUCAAUCUAACUAUAACAGGCAAAAGCCUUCCUAAAUAAGUAAGUCUUUAUUGUUCGUUUAAAAACCAAUCGUUGGUGGCGAGAUGACCGUAAAAGGGUUCAUCACACGCAACUUUAAGUUGAGGAAAGUAUGAAACAACGUGAUUGUAAUAUUUUUCACUCUUUUUAGGGCCAAAUGUCUGGUCGAAUGAUAGAUCGACGAACAAAGCUCCGAGCUCAGUGAAAGUCGACACCAAGGCGGCUGCUAGUGUCCAUCCCUAUGCUACAUCAAACAGGUCCAACAGUCGGACGGGCCUUUAACAACAGGGAUCUAGCAACGGGACUAAGCAUCCAUGUUUCACUACUGGAGGGCCCAGUUUUUACAGAAC